GCAGUCUCGCGGGUCCAUUUGGCGGGCUUAGUCGCUCGACUCGAAAAACGCGGGAAAAGUCAGUGCAGUGACCUUUUAGUUAAUAAAAUUAUAUUUUUUGUGCAACAAAAAUAAUUUGAAACACCCAACUAAAAUGGCGCCCAAAGACGAAGAAUGCGAGAGCGAGGCUUUGAAAGCAGAAGAAGCGGAGGCGGAAGGCAAAGACAGCGGGGCUCUCGAAGCCAAGAUGUCUUUGCUGAACGGCAUCACAGUCAUCGUGGGCUCCAUCAUCGGUAGCGGCAUCUUCGUGUCUCCUACAGGAGUUCUCAAAUACACAGGCUCAGUUAAUGCUAGCCUUUUGGUCUGGAUUGCCUCUGGGGUUUUUAGUAUGAUAGGAGCCUACUGCUAUGCGGAGUUGGGGACGAUGAUUCGUCAGAGCGGGGCUGACUACGCGUAUAUCAUGGAGACAUUCGGACCAUUUGCUGCCUUCAUCAGGCUUUGGAUCGAGUGUAUGAUAGUCAGACCUUGUUCACAGGCAAUCGUUGCAUUAACUUUCAGCGUUUACGUCCUGAAGCCAGUGUUUCCUGAAUGUGACCCUCCAGAGGACGCGACGAGACUUUUAGCAGCAUGUUGUAUAUUGCUACUGACAUUCGUCAACUGCUGGUCGGUCCGUGCUGCCACCAGGGUUCAGGAUUGGUUCACGUACGCGAAACUCCUGGCGCUGUUCAUCAUCAUAGCUGCUGGGGCUUACCAGCUUACCCAAGGAAAAGUGGAGCAUUUCACUUUCGAUGGGACCACAAGUGAUGUUACGUCAAUAGCCUUGUCUUUCUAUUCUGGCUUAUUCGCAUAUAACGGAUGGAACUACCUUAACUUCAUCAUUGAAGAGCUGAAAGACCCCGUCAAGAAUCUGCCAAGAGCGAUCGCGAUUUCCUGCACUCUAGUCACCGUGGUAUACACCUUUACCAAUAUUGCCUUCUAUACCACGCUUUCGCCAACUGAGGUGUUGGGAUCAGCCGCAGUAGCUGUAACGUUCGCUGAACGCCUGUUCGGUUGGUUCGCACUCUCAAUACCUCUGUUCGUAGCCGCUUCCACAUUCGGAGCCGUUAACGGAGUACUUCUUACAUCUUCAAGAUUAUUCUACGCUGGAGCAGCACAAGGUCAGAUGCCGGAGAUGCUGACCAUGGUGACCACUCGAGCCACGCCCGCGCCCGCGGUGUUAGCUGUCGCGUUAUUGUCUCUGAUUUACCUCACCGUCUCCGAUAUCUACGCCUUGAUUAACUACGUCGGCUUUGCCACUUGGCUAAGUAUCGGAGCAGCCGUGGUGUGUCUCCCGGUACUGCGGUAUACGCGGCCCAACCUUGAUAGACCCAUCAAGGUUAACUUAUUCUUCCCUGCCAUUUACAUAAUCUGCACGGUCCUGGUGGUGUCGGUGCCGGCCGUGGCGUCCCCGGCGGAGACCGGCGUGGGCUGCCUCAUGAUCCUCACGGCCGUGCCCGUCUACCUGCUGCUGCUGGAGCCCAGGACCAAGAUCCCGGGGCUCAACAGAAUCACCAAUGGAGCAACACAUUUAGUCCAAAAGUUAACGAUGGCAGUUCGACCGAAAAUGAAGUAAACGAAAUUGAUGCCAUUUCGGACCCAACAUAUCCGACCUCGACUCGCCAUGUUAAUGUUUAAUAUCGAUUUAUUUUAUAAUUAAUUACUAAAUGUGUAUCGUUAAGUACAUUUUAAUGUGUGAGAGUACAGUAUGACGUAAUUAGUGAAUUACAUUCUGAAUUUAUUGCAUUUAUCGAUAUUAUGUUCUAGAUUUGUAAAUUUUGAAUGUGCGUUGUAUAUAAGUACUGUUUUAGUCUUAGUUUAAUCAAUUAUAAUUCAGACAGUACACAAGAAAUGAAAUCUUUUUUCUAAAUAGGUAUAUAUUUUCUCAAAGCCGAUUUGACCAAACGCAAUGCAAUGUGUUCUAUUCAGCGGGCAGUACCUAUGUAUUUUAGAAAUGUAAAUAACUAGACAAAAGCAUAGAGUGUUAUAUUGGCUGGUCUAAAUAAAUAAGACUAAAUAAAAUUUUGACGGUUUUAUGUAGAAGAUGAAAUAAAAAUAGAUAACUUUACAUACACUGUAGGGAUUCAUAAAAUAUUAAUUUCUUCAAAAGUAUACAAAAGCGAAAUAGUGAACGCCUGGUUAUAAAUAGCGUACGUACAAAU